UAUGCCGUCACCUUCCCCUUCGUUCGAACACUUCGCCGCCAACGUCAACGCCUACUUGACGAAGCCACCGUUCAACCAUCCGAACGCAGUGCACCAGAUGGGUGGGAUGAAAAAUAUUCGUGCCGAGGCUGCCUACCUGUACGACGCCGUGCACGUGUACGCCCGCGCCCUCAAUGACACCCUGAAGAAGCGAGGGGACCCUCACGACGGCCAGGGCCUCAUCAACUCCAUCCUCGGGACCACCUACAGGAGCGCCAUGGGGUACCUGGUGAGGCUGGACGAAAGGGGAGAUGCGGAAGGAAACUACACGCUGAUUGGUCGGCAGGAACACCACGCUGUCCCGGGGGAGUAUGGACUGUACCCUGUGGGAGGUUUUCGAUACCUGGAUGAAGACGACUACCACGGGCUUCCGGCGCUGCAUCUGACGGCGUCCAUAGCGUGGAAGACCGGAGGGCCCCCUAUCGAUGAACCUCCCUGCGGCUACAGAGAUCAGAAGUGCCAGUUCCAGACGGGAGAAAUAGUGGCUGGUGUAACAGGCGGUGUGGUUCUUCUGCUUCUGGUGGUCUCCCUUAUAGCAUACAGGAACUGGCGUUACGAGCAAGAACUGGACAGUCUAUUGUGGAAGAUUGAGUAUAAGGAAAUUAAGAUGAAUGAAUGGAGUUCUAACCACGCCAUUGUGCCCAACAAAAUGUCUCGGGGUCUGUACUCAACGGUUCGGACAAGCCAGCUCUCCUUAAGCAGUAACCCCGACCUAGACUUCCGGUACACUAGCGUCUACACCCAGCUAGGGAUGUACCGGGGCCGAGUCGUCGCCGUCAAGCAGGUGUCGAGUAAGGCGGUUGACGUCACGAGGAAGUUGAAGAAGGAGCUGAAGACGAUGAGAGACCUGCGCCACGAUAACCUGUUGGGCUUCAUCGGCGCUUGCGUGGACCCGCCCCAUGUCUGCAUUGUGACCGAGUACUGCUCGCGCGGGUCGCUGAAGGAUCUUCUGGAGAAUGAGGACGUUAAGUUAGACAAUAUGUUCAUCGCUUCCUUGGUGGGGGACAUUGUGCAGGGCAUGGUAUACCUGCAUGACUCUCCUGUGAAGUCCCACGGUAACCUGAAGACAUCCAACUGCCUCGUGGACUCCCGCUGGGUGGUGAAGAUAACGGACUUCGGAAUUCACGAGCUCAAGGCGGGGACGGAGACAGCUGCUGCUUUGGCCGACGCCAGCGAGACACAGCGCAAAUGUACAGACCUGCUGUACCGCGCCCCCGAGCUCCUGAGGGACACGGCAGCCCCACCAGGAGGGACGCAGAAGGGGGAUGUGUAUUCUUUCGCUAUCGUCCUGUACGAGGUCCACGGUCGCCACGGACCUUGGGGCAACACGGACCAGUCGCCGGUCGUCCUCCUUCGGCAGGUCAUGUCGGGUCCUCUGCCUGGCAACCCGCCCUUCAGGCCGCCCCUGAGCGCCCUGGAGGAGUGCCUGGACUGCGUGAGGACCGUCCUGAACGAGUGCUGGGCCGAAAUCCCCGAGGACAGGCCGGACUUCAGGUCCAUAAGGACGAAGCUACGGCCGCUGAGGAAGGGCAUGAAACCCAACAUCUUCGACAACAUGUUGGCGAUGAUGGAGAAAUACGCCAACAAUCUCGAGGCGUUGGUGGAUGAGCGGACGGAUCAGCUGAUCGAGGAGAAGAAGAAAACAGAGGCGCUGCUUUACGAGAUGCUUCCGAGGUACGUCGCGGAGCAGCUGAAGCGAGGACAUAAGGUCGAGGCCGAGAACUUUGAUUCAGUCACCAUCUACUUCAGUGACAUCGUCGGCUUCACGGAGAUGUCGGCGGAGUCCACGCCGCUCCAGGUCGUGGACUUCCUGAACGACCUGUACACCUGUUUCGACUCCAUUAUUGGUAAUUACGACGUGUACAAAGUGGAGACCAUCGGCGACGCGUACAUGGUGGUGAGCGGCCUGCCCAUCCGGAACGAGGACCUGCAUGCUGGUGAAGUGGCCUCCAUGUCGCUUCACCUGCUGGACGCCAUCAAGCGCUUCCAGAUCAAGCACAGGCCGACGGACACACUCAAGCUCAGGAUCGGAUUGCACUCAGGCCCUGUAUGUGCUGGCGUUGUGGGACUUAAGAUGCCCCGCUAUUGCCUCUUCGGCGACACUGUCAACACAGCCUCGCGCAUGGAGUCUUCCGGCCAAGCGCUGAGGAUCCACUGCUCCUGUUCUUGUCGUGAUCUGCUGGUCAAGCUGGGCGGCUACAACCUGGAGGAACGAGGUCAGGUCAAGGUCAAAGGCAAGGGAGAGAUGACCACGUAUUGGCUCGUCGGUAAGUAA